GAACCCGCCCUGCACCGCAUGCAUCAACGCCGUCUGCCCGUCGCUGUCCGGAUCGUUGACGCCACACCCCGGCGACUGGUGUUGCAGCAGGAUGCGCACGAUGCGGUCGUUGCCUUUGGAUGCCGCCAGGUGCAGCGGGCCGAGCCAUCCGCGUUCAGGGUCCGGGCAAGAGCCCCGCCUCGAUGGUGAUGAUUCUGGCGCUGGUGUUGGGGGGAACGAGAGUGACGCGGACCGAGAGCUCGUCGUCAGUGGUUGCAGCGUUGGUGAUAUGGACACCGGCGGCGACUGGUGGUGGUGAUUUGGAUUGGGAGUGGUGGCUCCCCUUGCGUCUUCAUCAACAAGUGAAAUGCAAUCCAUCAUACGACCGGCGCAUGACGAAGCCUGUGCAUCCGAGGAAUCCGGAGAGGGAAGAAGCCGCCCUGUCGGUGCGAAAAUACCUCCCGAGACUGAGGCUGACAGCGACGAUCGAUCCGACCUUCCACUCCCGUCGCAGGCAUUGUCGUACGACGGUACAUACGGACGUCGAACACCCGCCAGUGAUACCCCGCAACUCACAUCACAUCACGGCGGCACGGCGGCCCCAACGGCGGCUUCAGCCCCCAAUCCGGAACCAAGCGGCCCAGUUACACCACCUGGCAGCAUCUUCCGGGGCAGGCGGUUGGUCAUCUCAUAUCUACCGUCCUGCGGGACAGUGGCAAAUGCGGCCCAUGCUAUUUCAGGGAGCAGCCUGGACCGAGCACACCGAACGACGGAUGAAGUUGGCUCGCGCUUGCGCAUCUUCCCGGGCCGAUCACCUUAACGCCCAUGUCUGCAGCCAUUACAGACUUACAGUGCAACACAACAAUAACAACCUUGAGCCCACCCAUUUAUCGGAUUUGAUGCGCGAUUGCCAAUCCCGAAAGUAAGCACUCUGUCCUUCGAGGGUGUGAACGAUCUUGGUUGAGCUCCAGGCUGCCCGUUCCUUGAUUGGGCCUCGGUCAAACUGCAUUCAAGGUAACCCUAAUCUGCGACUGCA